CCCCCGCCUCCGUGCGCCGCACGACCCGCGAGAGAGACGCCUCUUCUCUCGCCGUCGUCGUCAUGAGCCCCUCGUUCGCGGAACCGCCGAACAAGGUGGCUCGGACGCUGUGCGCCCCCGCCGAGGUCGCCGGCCUGCGACGCGCGCUCGACAUCGUCCGCGCGACGCGGGACGUGUACAAGACGCAGCAGGGGCUCUCGCAGCUGACCUUCUUCGUCGGCGUCAUGAACGUCUUCCUCACCGCGUUCAUACUCGGCAACACCCCGGAGUAUUACUGGGUUUGGCAGCUCCUCAAGAACGUCGCGAUGUCCACGGCGUCGUACGUCAUCAAGUACCGCAACCACCAGAGGCUCUACCUCCUCGACCUGUGCCACGUGUUGGGUUUCUUCUACAUCGUCAUCGCGUUCGCGGGGCUCCUCGCCUCCGCGAGCCCGCACCUCCACGCCAUCUUCGCGCCGUUCACGUCCUCCAAGCUCCUGUUCCUGACCGCGUUCGGGAUCGCGAACGGCCCGCUCGCGUGGGCGAUCCCCACGUUCGGCAACGCGCUCGUCCUGCACAGCCCCAAGCACGCCGUCGCGCUCAUCGUUCACAUCUCUCCACCGUUCGUCACCUGGGCGAUGCGUUGGCACGCGGACGCGCACGAGCGCGCGUUCCCGGGCGUCUUCGGCGUGCCGCACGCGAACAGCGGAGAUGCGAAGCGAGGGACGUCGUACGCGGAGAGCGUCACGACGAUGGACCUCCUGGUCCCCGCGGCGACGUUAUACUUCGCGUGGGCGGGCGCGCACGUUUUGUGGCUCUUGCUCUUCGGCCGGCACAAGGGCGCGAAGAAGACGGCGGUCUACGGCACCCCUCGCGCCGAGCUCGUCAGCGACACGGUGUAUCACUACACGAUGCGCACGGUGAAGCCGUUCGGGGACGUGUGCGGGUACGAGGUGGCGAGGCCGUCGAAGGCGAGCCCGAUUUUGUGGUACAUGGCGUGGCACGCUGGCGGGUGCGUGGGGCCGAUGGUUUUGUUGGGGGUCUGGUGGCAUCACUACUACGCGCACUGCGCGCUGCUGCUGAUGACGGUCGCGUCGUGCGCGUGGCACGGCGCGGGGCAGUACGCGCACGCGAUGUUGAAUCAGAACGAGCGGAAGAUACGGGCGCUGUUGCCGGACGACGACGAGGACGGCGGGAAGAAGAAAAAAUAAGCUUAAUUUUAUUUUUAUUCUCAUCACGUUUC